GCUGCAUCGAGGGAUGCAAGAACGUCUGUAACGGGGGCACUUAAUACCGAAGAAGGAGCAGCGCAAAUAGAUUCCAAUCCCGGGUCUGGGCCUGGGGACGCUCCACCCACUACAGAACAGGGCGAGAGUGGAAAAAGUGGCUUCGAGCUGUUGCGGCGCAUGCUGCGACGGGUUGUUCAAGACAUGCAUGAGAUAGACGAGCUUCUUUUUGAGCGGAGGGCCUCGCAAGUAGACGUAUCUCCUCAACAAGGUCGUCAACAAAGCACUCAAAGCACAGGAGUGGAGCAGUCGCAUGAUCAGGAAAUGUUGUCGAUGCUGGAACAAGUGGAAUGUGAAAGUCCCACGUCUAUGUUAUAUGCGACGGAUGUCGCUGUGACCACCGAUUACGGACGAGGAGGUGCUGCGUCCGAUUCGCAGAACUACGCCCCACUCACCUUGUCUCGAUGUUACGAAGUGCUCAUCGCCGUUGUGCUGCGCUAUAUCGAUAGGAUUGGCCUGCGUGCUGAUGCACUGGCAGAGCGAUUGGUGGAGCCGGCAGCAACUACGCCCUUCUCAAGCAGACUGAGGAGCAUCUUCCCGUCAACGGACCGCACAAAUAACGCGGAGGCAAAUGCUGUGUUCGCAGCAAUGUCGCCCUUAAGGCUAGCCUUGAUAACUCGAUCGAUCCUGUCAGUCUUGAAGGGGCAGUCUCCCUAGCAGCAUCUCGAAGGAGCAAUCAACCUAAACGACCUAAAGGAAUAAUAUUGCUGUUCUACUACAGCGAUCAUGAAGAGUUACUAGUACAACUAGCUCUAAUGUUGUCGAUAGCGAACAAGUACGGCUUGGCGGAAAGAUUGAGAAUAAACUUCCUGGACUUGCACCGCAUUCACACGCUGGCCUACGUCACACAAGCCACUGAGCAGAUCCGUAUAUCAAUCGCAGUUAUUAUGCAAGAACGAAUGUAGUUUACAACUUGAUAUUUUUACAACUUUAUACAGAUCUUUGUGCGAGAUUCAUUCUUGUAUUGCGUUGUAGUGUAUUGUAUCCAUUUGUUUUUGAUGUUAAUAGUGGCUCUUCAGGUGUUCCCGAUUCUGGUCUAUUGAGUUUUUUUCGGUAACCGUAAGUAUAAGUGCGUGCGUGUGUUCAUCUCUGAUUGUUGAUCUACUGUAUCGUAAUCCGAACCCUCUAUUCUCUAAGCAAGCCCAAGCGACCGUGCCCGAAGACAUCCGGAAUCGUCUGCAUCAAGCGCUAGAUCAACUUUUUCCGCUACUCGGGAUUGCUAUCGCGCACGUGGAGCGCGAAAGCGGAAUACGAUGGGCUGAAAACAGCUUCCGUAGUCAAAUGGAGGGAGAGCAGGUAUUGAAUACAAUGUUGGACCUUGCACGUCGAGGAGAUGCAGAGUUGCAAAUAUUUCUAAGGCUUACUGUACCGACUCUAUAAUUCAUCUUGAGCAGCAUCUUUCUUUGUCCCCUUUUCUUUGUAAGGAGAAAACACGCGGCCAUAGAUCGAUGCUUUUCAAGAUGAACGUGUUCAACAAGACGCUGGGCUCUAAUAUUUGACCACAUUCGGGAAACCGCUACAGCCUUCAUGAGUGCUGUGCGGUACGUAGCUGAGGUGGCAUGUUCUGGAACCUGCGCGAAUGUGCCGUCAUCUCAACAAAGGCAGGUAAGCGCCAGCGCCGGAAGAGACGAUGAGCCAACCCACCGAACAAACGAUGAACCAAGGAGCUCCAGCAGCCACCUUUUAGGUGUAGGGUCUCGAGGACUGCUGCAAGAUCACGAACGGGGAGAAGCGGACGACGCAUCUUCUUCAACGAGUCAGUCUUCGGGGGAGUCAUUCGGUAUUCCAAACACUGGAGGUAGUAUCUCCCGUCAUGCAACAAGCCCAGAUGAAGAAGAGCUCCACGCUGCGCGCUCACGCACUGCUGCAGCAGCUGCAAAUGCGGUGACGGCUUUCCACCGUGGUGCCAACGACUUGGUGGAGCGGAUAGCACACAACAUAUCCGCGCUCGAGUUGACAGAAGAUUAUGGCUUCCCUUGAUCCAUCUUCGGAAGCAUCCCCCCAAGAGGCUGCUCGAGAGGAAAAGGCACCCUCCAGGAUGCACUAUCUUGAGAUGGAAGAUCAUAAGGAUGAGCUCUAAGAAGAUCAUGUCUCGGGCGACGCGACGGAUAAUUUUCUCGGUCGCACUGUUGCUGUUUUACUAGCUGCGGUAGAACGCGAAGCGGACGAGCUGGGGUCCCGCAUUUGGAGCGCGCGAGAGGAGGAGGACACAGCACGUCAUCGAAGAGAUGACAGGGGUCGUGAGCGCCGCAGCGAAUCCCUCUUUUUUUCUAAUACAUCACCGUCAGCGUCGUCCUCCUCUUCAUCAUCAUCGGAGUCAAUGAAUUUCGAUUUUGUUCCCAUACCGAACGGGAUGCAGGGUGCCUACCAUGCCUGGUUGAAUAAACCUGGCACCGUCAUUGCACUUCAGGAAGAUGGAAGCGGUGGCGACUUCCUACUUCAACCAUCAAUGGUAAAAGAAGCGAUUUACGUGUGGCUUACGAAGCUUCUGCCCCCGCUACUGAAUCGAGUGGCGGAGCAACUCUUCGGAGAGUCUGUAUUUCCAAGUCAUCUGAUAAAUAACAACGAGGGGGGCGUCGGCGUCGAGGAAGCAGAAGCGGAACAAGAGCCAACAGUCGACAACUCAAGAUCAGAAACAGGACACCAAGCUUACAGAGCACCAUUGGAAGAAGCACAUCAGUCCUCAGUGCAAAAAGAUCAAGUUCCAGCACAUCUUCGCUCUCAACAGAGUCCCAAUGCAAAAGGAAGAGAUCCCGACAGUGAACACCAUGAUAGAAGUCAUCAAGAAGCUGUGCCCCUUGAACGGUGCACAGGCUUGAACGAGGAGGAAGCAUCGGCUGGCGGCGGAAAGUCUCCCUGGAAAAGUGGCAAGAAGAGCCUACAGACCAUAGUUAUGGCAGUAAGGACAGUAUCCAUAACUACGAUACUAGGGAUAGACGGAACAAGAUUUGACUUUGUGAGUUUGAUACAUCUGAUGAAAUUAAGAAGAUUCAAGAUUGUAACGGUUCUUGUGGUAGCGAGCGGCCGUUAUUUCUACCUACCGCUCUAAUGACCUAGGUGGAUCUUUUACGAGGUGCGAUUCCGCGACACAGGCACAGGCACAGAGCCGUCUAUUGCUUCCACGCUUGCGGUCGGAACUAAAAGGGACGCAACAGGGCCCCUAUUUCCGUGGUUCUAAAAUUGAAGAACAACAACAAGCUAGCCCCUCAUCUUCCCGCCAAGAUGUUGUAGUUGAUCCGAAGCGAAGUGCUGAUAUGGUUGCACUCGAAUCUGCCAUGAAGGAGCUGACGAUAGAGGAAGAUGCCAGAGGACCUUUUACAACUUCGAGGAGAGCAGACCAGGGCCAGGACGAGCCGAAAGCAGAUGAAGCUGGAAUGCCUCUACCUGGCCGAUCGUUGCCUGCUCAGACGGGGCAAGCAUCGAGGGACCCCAUGGUUUCUUGUCAGCAGUAUCCAGGCGGAUGGAUCAAACGGGCUGCGAUGUCAGAUUUCUUCCUGCGUUCACACUUUAAGAAUUGCCGUUAAUUGAUGCUACGCAAGAGAGGACCUAAUUAGGAUCUCCUUGGCUUCUCCUUUAUCAUGGAGAAAUAUGACCAUUGACCAACCAAGGAUGCGGAUAGGGUGAAUGAAUUUGGCGACCUUUCGUGUCUAAGAAUAUGCUAGAACUGUCUGAAAGCAAGCGCAGCGUAUCAAUCUCGGACAUUUUUGGGCCUAUGUGCAUAAACGCGCAGGGCAGAACACUGCAUGGGCAACAAGCCUACUCCGUUGUGUCUGACCAGACGAGAAGAAACGUUAUGGCUUUCAUUAUGAAUGAGUACGCUCCAUACUUUAUGAUCCAGAUCCGGAAGACCUACUUCAACUUCAUCUUCUAUUUAAAUAAUCAUAAUCUUUGCCACCUGACUAAGGUUCAUGAUGAUCCUCUACAAAAAAAAAACAUUUUAGUAGUCCUGAUUCGGAAUCUGAAAAUUCUGCGGUCGGCAACAAGAAUAACUUCGAUUAGCGCACAGCGCUAAUAAGACUGACGGAAGCCCCGGCAGAACCGUCAAGAAUGUAAUCGCCUUUCGCGGCAUAAACUUGCGUCCGCAACACCAGCAGAUUGCGCAUGCUCAUGCGUUCUCAAUGGCCACCGUGGCCAGAAGAUAUACACCAAAAUUAUGGCAGCCUUGUUAGGGUUUUGACCUUGAUUGUUCACGCUGGCAACCAAGUUUCGGACAUAUCAACAAUCUGAAUCUUUUCCUCCUUAUCCAACAGCAAGAAGUGGUCGACCUCCGACGUAUUGUGAGAAUGCGAAGAACUAGCACAUCUUGACGCACUUUCGUCAGCCUAGUCCACUGUAAUAAGUCAUAUAUGAUCAUUGGCUUAGCGACAGCUCUAACAAAAGAAUCCGAGCAAUGGGUCCAUACGUUUCCACGAGAGGACGAUGUAAGCUUAUAUUUUGUCCAUUAGUGAAUAGUUCUACCACUUCAAGGGCUACUUUCGUCGGGAGCUGCAGGAAACAACAAAGAAUGAUAAUAUCUCUGUACUUAUAUCAUAGUUAUUAUAUUCUUUCUUUCUACUAGUUAGUAGUGUUAGUAGUCGUACUAGUCAGGCUUCCUUAGGCUCUCAUUUAGAUAGAAAUUUUCUUACUGAGCACUGACUUAGCAAGUCUAACCGCUUCUUACAGAGUAGUUACGAUUUGUCUCUUGAUCUCGAUUUUUAUAGGCCGGCGUGAUUCGGUGGGAUCUUUUUGGCACACGUUCGAAGGACGUCCGUCGUAGGGUUACAAGGUUAAAAAGAGGACUCGAAGGAACGGUCGGAGUCCGUCUGGAUUGGUCCGACGUUUGCAUGGAUAAGGCACUUGCUGAACAGCAUGCGAGCCACUAUCCCGAUCAUAUGUUCCACUCCAUCGAAUCACCGCAGGUUAGCUUACAUCACUAGCUAUUUGAUAUGUGUACAUGUUAGUUUGACGCAGGGCCUUCCUCUUCCACCGAGGCCACCGAUUAUACCCAACCAAGCGGCGGCGCCGAGGGCUUGCGCAUGGCGCGAGACCUUUCGGAUGAGUUUGCGACAGCGCUGACAGUAGCGUCCCGCGCCCUCUCGUGGGGCUGCAGCUUACACCUGGCCCCGUUCUUCCCUCGAGUGCGGUCUUAUCUAUAGUGCCAUCGCUGGCGACCCGCUGGCGGGUAGCUGAAGCAGUCACAUGCCUUUGACAGCUAGCCAGUCUUUCGCGAAAGCGGCCGCGUGGACCGCAGGAGCUAGAGGGACGGGAGAGCGCUGCGAAGCAUCGGGCAGAAAGAGGGCGAGCAACGAGAUUGAUCCGGCCAAGCGGACUCGUUGCUUUCUGUGCGGAUCGUCGUGGUUUGUGGUUGUCGAGGACAUGGAUUUCUGACGGCUUUGAUCUUAGUGCUGGUCUUCGUUGGCCCGUACUCUACGCGCCAGGUGACAGCUGUGCAAAACAGAAGCAAGGCGAAGCUGGGGCGCAGUCCUGAGCUUGUCUCUCCAUGCAGUGGGCGGAGUGGCGGGCCCCUGUUGUUAAGUGGGGAAGUGUUGCCGCUGACUCUGAUCUGCGGCGAAGUCAGUGGCCCAGUUAUCGGCACGCCGUCGCCUUUGCAGUGUCACGCAGUGCAAGUGAGCCAAGGCGGGUGGGCUGAUUCCUCCCCCAGGGCCACAAACUUUAGCUUCCUCCUCUUUGUUUUUAAGAAUCCAAAGUCUCGCUUCCGUGUUUUUCGUUUGUGUGAAAAAAGAGGCCGCCUCGGGGGGUGGGGGGUUGGUGGCUGCUGACAAGUGCCUCGUCAGCAAUCUUUGACCCCCCAUCGUCUCUGUGUUUUUUCAUGUCGUCUUCGUUUGCUUCUUUGAUCCGCGAGCCUUCCCUUGUUUUGUUUUUUCUGUGUGUUUGAUUGGCGUGAUAAUAGCAUUUUGUGAAUGAUGAGAAUGCGCAGGUAUACUACACUUUGUAGAUGUAGGUAGAAAGAUAGUGCGUGCUUGCAUUUUCCUCUCUUCUUCGAAGCUUGUAAUUACACGUUUGUGAGUAAGAAUUUACAGACAGCAGACUGCUUAAGCCUUUCAACGUUCUACGAUCACCAGGCAGUUCAAGUACUGGAGAGGUCAACUACAUUUUCUCACUCUCAUUUCAACAAACCAAACCAGUUACGAAUUCCCGGCAUGGUUCAUCCCCUAAAACUAACGUCUCGAACCUGGUGCCAGCCUACAGCGCGAGAACUUUCGUUGUGCGAGUACAUCUAUUUCCGACGCUUCGGCGCCUACUACCCGCUCAGUGGCGAGCAGUCAGGUGCAGGAUUUUUCCGUCAUCUAUGCCUGUUAGGAGAACGCUCCGGGUUUACUGUAAUUAAGGCUUCUCCUAAUCCAGCUCGUAAAGCAUCCUGCUACCUACCUGAUGAAGAAAAGGCACCUUCCAGGAUGAGUCUCAAGAUGGAUUGCGGCAAGUGCUAAAUUUAGAAGCAACGGCAGCAAUACGAAUACCGUCGUUGUUGGUGAAGAGCGAGCAAUGACGCAAGGAAGAGGACCCACACAAGAACGCGAAUCAGGAGAAUCGAGCAUGGGAGGACAAGAAGGACAAGAAUCGCGACACGAACAGGGACUAGAUCAACAAGGAAGCGCAUCAGAAAGAAGAGUAGUAGAACUAGAAACUAGUGUCAUUACCAGCAGUGGUGCUCCAGAAACUAAUCAUGCAGCAGUGCAGUCAUCAUCUGGUAAUCUUCCUACUGCAAUAGCAACAACGUCAAUCGGGUCGCAGACAGAAGAUAACCCAACGGUGGUAGAUGAUUUGUUGCGGAGGCACGAACAGGAGCAUGAUGUCGACAACAUGUUUCCGCGCGAGGUCACAGAAGCGACUCCGGAUUUCGAACCCCUCCCGAAUCCAGGAAAUGGACCUGCGUUUGAAAAUCCAUUGACUUUAAGGCUCGCCCACAUGACCACCUCUCACGCUCACCGUUUUUGAGUGAUCGAGGUGGAUUUACCUGACUAUGUUCGCUUCUAAUCUGAGCUUUUUUAAGGAGAAUACGUGAUGCUGGUAUGGUCCCACAACACCAUCGAAGUUUUGGAGUCUAUCUGCCUCCCGUGAAUCCCUUUACGCCGUCCCUCAAUCUUCCAGAAGCAGAAGGUGCGGGUGACUUUCUUCGUGACGAAGCUGCCUUUCGCACUGCAGGGUGCGAGACUGGUACUCGCGCACUUGCCUUCCGACGCUUAGCAAGACGACGGUUAGUUGCUUUUUACGGCUACUUGUCUCGGUCUCUGCCUACAACUUGUUAGUGAGUACGAGUAGAGGUACAACAUGACGCUGUUUCGAAGCACCACCUUCAUCACUUAUUUUUUGGGAAUCCUUUUGAAAUUUUCAUUUUUUGGAAAUCCAAUUGUGGUAGAGCAGGAGUUCCUCGCGAUCCUCAGGAGCAUCAUUACCUAGUCAACAUCAGCUGCCUAAAACUUUCAUCAUUCUCCUCAUUAAUCAACCUCAGCACCUCAUCUAAUCCUUUCUGCGUCGAAAAUUUCCAAAACUUUGCGCACCAGGAAGCACAGCAAAUGCGACAAUGUGGGAAGGCGUAGACCCUGAUUUCUUGCCUGAUGUGUCAGCAUCGCAGCUUUCGCCGAAUCUAUCGGAGCAGGUAAAAUAUGCUUUUACCAUAAAUUUUCAUUGACGAGCUCGAAGAUCCUUAUUUAUACAUAGAUAUAUUUCAUCGUGCUUCUUCUCUUUGUUGCUAGCUGUGCAUGAUGUUAGAAAAAUAUGUUAUGGUCUACAUCCACCUCCAGUCACUCUACUACGACUUCCCCCAAAACAGGAUUUGGACGACCUCGCAGCUUCGUUGCAACAUGCUAGAACCGAGUUUUACGAUCAGUUGAAGACGAUCGGAGACCUAUAUGCGUUCGUUUUGCUCGACUUCCACUGGCCUUCUACAGCCGAGACCGCAGCAGAGGAGAGACUUGAGGUUUUACAGGACCAGCUAAACUACGUAAUUCGGUUCCUCUACCACACGCACGAGGAGGCAGCGGAACCGGACUAUUGAUGAGAAAGAGAAUGUUGGAAACCUGUAAACUAAAACCACAAUUAUCGAGAGCAACAACUAAAAAACGACAUCGAGAGAAGAAACUCACUUCUUGAGAACAACUACUAAACGACAUUGACAUGAUGAUGUUGUUGCACUAGAUAAUAUACACGACAUCAACAGGAUGUUUCCGCACUACAUGAUAAAGAGGAUGCUAGCAGAAAACACAUAGUGAAGAUACUGGCACGCUUUUGCUCUGGCGAAGACGAGCACAUAGUACACAUCGUGCAAUAUUAUGAAGAUAUGAAUAUAGUACUAAGACUUUGAGGUGCAGCGAUUGUACUACUUCAACAUGCUGAGAACUGAUGCCGCAACCACUAAUACUACGUAUCAAGGCCUGUAUAUUUUCAACAAAGUUUUGUGUCCUUUGAAGAUCUGUAAUUUACGUGUGUGCAGUAAGGGUAAGAAAAUGGGACAGAUGGAUCUUAAUUGAUGUACUUAGUUCGGUGUCUUGUAUUUUUUUUCACGACUUCGGAGAAAACAAAUACUGAUACUUUCUUCUUCUUUAGUACAAUCUCACAAAAGUAGAAGAUUAGUGGAGAAGCACUGGAAGACUACAAGUAGGCUGCCCAAAAACAAAAAGUAAGCUAUAGAAAACCGCUUGUUCAUAUUAUUAUUCAAAAAUAUUCAUAUUAUUAUUCAAAAACAAAAUUGAAGAAGAAUUUCGUUGCUGGCUUACUAGUCUCCAGCUCCCUGGUCCAAUGAGCAUGGCUAUGAUGAACAACUAAAUCAAAUGAAUAAUCGGGAGGCGACCACCGUACUCACACAUGAUGAAGAUAAAAGAAAAUAGUUUAAUGCACCACGACAUGUCUUUGCUUGG